GCGCCAUAUGAUUGUGGGGGAUACAAUUCAAGAUGGAGGGACGUCCCAUUUCGGAUCUUAAGGUUGCUGAACUUCGCAAGGAGCUAGAAAAGCGCAACAAAGAUAAGACAGGCGUCAAACAAGUGUUGUUGGAUCGUCUUAAAGAGACUUUAGAAAAAGAUGGUCAUGACCCCCAAACUUAUCGUUUCAGAGAUGGGAUUGAAAGUAUCAAAACUGACCAAGAACUGCCCGAACAUUCGCCUGUAAACGGUGACGGACCAGUACCCGGUAAGUAGUUUCCCUAUUCAUGUUCAUAUGGACGUAUGACACAAACUUGUUUACUCAUUUGAAAUCAUUUUGUUUCCACAAGUCAUUUCAUCUCACAGUAACAGAUCGGUAAUAGAAUACUUCUAGUCUCCUUGUGCGGCCGACUUCAACGUGCACGUAAUGGACCAAUAAAAUCAACCUAUGUAAAAACCUCGACAGUAAAUUUAACUCAGUCACUCUUUGUGCAGUACGCGUAAAGCCGUGCAAACACUCACUUUUGAUGCUAAUGGACACUAGUGCAUUCCUUAUUGGUUGGGCGGGUCAUAGCUCGUAAUCUUCACACCAUAUAUAUUCAAGUUUUGUCGUACUACCUGAAAGAAGCCACUUUCCAAAGCCAUACCCUGUUGUAUAUGAAUCUGUAAAUCUUGGAUCGUCUCUACUUUUAGUGAUCUGAUCAACUGCCUAUCCAAUUGUAAAUGAAAAUCUGAAGCGGACAAAAGUUUAUGAUUCCUGUAAACAAAUUCAUCGUAUUUUGGAAACAACAGGAAACCCUUGAAUUUUGUUGUUAUUAUCGUAGGAUCAAUGCUGCGAGCAAGUGGCCGACUACUUUGCUUUGAACCGUUAUGACCAGGAAAGUUUAAUGUGGUUUGUAUUCACCACCGCUGCUGCACAGUUCAGAUUAAAUGAGCUGUGAUUAGUCAUCAUGUGCUUUAUUUAUCUCGUCGAUCUACAUUAUAUUUUGGUGUUGAGACGACUGUCACUAGAAGUCGGAAUUGUAAAUUAUAAUGUUCGUAGCCAAGUCGUCGUAAAGUAUGAUGCCCUGUCUUAUACCUGGCGAGUAUUGCUACUGCUUUCUCCAAUAACUAGAAAGCAUUGAACCUGUGCUAAUCAAACUAAUGGUAAUAACUUUCUACUCUUAUUCUAUUGAAAGAGAAAACUGAACCCACCGCAAAAAGGCAUAGCUCGUCAGAUGACAUGUUAAGCGAUGAGUAUGUUAUCAGUGAACAUUCAGUGCAGAAAAAGAUUACCGAAGAAACUGUCCCGUACGUUGUUCAAGUUGGAGAGCAAGAGGAAGAUUUAGAUUAUGAUUUGAAGUGUGGAAACGACGUAUCAGAAGUGACAAAUAAUAGCAACGAUAUCCAAGUCAAAAAUGAAGAAUUUGGCAAACAUGAAAACCAACCAGAAAGUGCCGUUAUCACUCAUCAGAUUAGUGAAAGCUGUAGAAAUUUAUGGAUAAGUAACUUACCGAAAUCGGUGAAGGCCGCAGACUUAAAGCAACAUUUUAGCAAGGCGGGGAAGGUAGUAUCAGCUACUGUGGUUAUGAGCACCCGCUCACCUGGAGGCUGCUUUGGAUUUAUACAGAUGGCUUCUGCAGAAGAGGCAGCGUCUGCUGCCAGAGCUUAUGAUUUAACAGAGUUUGGAGGAUGCAUACUACGGGUUGAAGCGACAGAACGAAAAGCACCAAUUCAAUCAAACAAAGCAAACGAUCGAGUACCUGGACUAAACAAAUUAAAAACGUCUAGUGUUCCCGAUUCUCGUCGUACCGUAUCCAGACCACUGAUAUCUCGAAGUCGUUAUAUUGCGAACAGACGGCGAUUGUUGCGUCGUGCUGCCAUAAAAAGUGCUAUUUUGAGUGAACAACGAAGAAGGUCUGAAUAUUUGGCCGCUAGUAAUCGUUUAAAUUCCACUAAGAAAGCUCCAAUCAAAAGACCUUUACGCCAGUUUACUAGACCGAAUUACAGGAUGUCAAAGGAUAAUUUGCGUUCCCGAGGAAGUUUGGCUCUUGUAUCUAGACAUAAAACUAUUUCACAACGGCAAAGCUCUACGCGAAUCAACACCAAUCAAGGGAUACAAUCGCUGUCACAAAGACAACUAAAUUAUGCCAUCAGCCGAAGGUUGCGUGAAGAAAUUCCUAUUCACAAAAGUGCUAGUAUUUCGCAUCGGUCUUCUAAAUCGUUUUUGCCUAGAGUGCGCAGAAAUUCAAAUUUACAUCUAGAAGACCAUCGAAGCUAUCUUUCUUCACCCUCUUGUUUGACUUCCUUGAAUACAAUGACACCGAAGAAAACCCCGACAUUUCGCAGUAAUCGUUCUGUAGAAAGGGAUUUACGUGAACUUUAUCGCCCUGUUUUGUCAGAACGAAAGCGCUAUCCUCAGUCAUCACCUGGUCGAUCCAACGCAUCAAGUCGAUACACACGAAACACUCAAUCAUCAGUCUACACAGAGAGAAACACUGUUAAACCGGUAUAUGAUAGUCGUUCUCGUCAAAGUCAUUUGGUGACCCGUUCUGAACCACGCUAUUCGAAUUACAGCAAUUUUGAUAGUCGAAAGAUGACUGUAACCUCUCGAACCGAUAUGUGUCCUCAAGAACGUCAUCGAACUCAUUACAGUCAUCUAUCUGAAAUGCGCAGCCGUCAGUUGAGAUCGAACCCCUCAACUUCACGAGUGAGAGUUGAGGAUGGUAGACGAGAGUAUCGUGCAGUUAGUAGAAGCCCACCGAGGUCAAGAGAUUCUGCAAUGAUGCGUCCGUACCCAGUUUCCCUCAGUUUCAAUCGUCAUCGCACGGAAACCAGUCAUCGUAGCCGCAGUCCAUCAAUGUUCCAGUCUGUACCACACAGGCCUGAAAUUGUGGAAUAUGAACACCGUUCAGAGCCAAGAACAAGUUGGCAAACUGACAGACGAUCCAAAGUCCUUUCAUCUCUAUCACAAUCGUGGAGGCCAGCUAACAAUGCAUUUUUCCUAUCUACUGCAUACGAAAACAGAAACACGGGUCGCCGAUAUCAAUGAAAUUUAUUAUUUAUUAUAUACUAACAAUAUAUAAUAUUCAUAAAACUAAGCGACUGUUUACUUCUUUCAAAUAGCUGUAGUAUAUGUAUUAUAUGUGAAAAGGAGAAGUUAUUUCCAGAAACAAUAUUAGCGUUCACUGAUUCCUAUGAAGCAUUUACAUUAUAGUAAUAUAAACAAUCGUAUUCUUUUCAUGGACAGUAUUGAUUGAUGUAGUGGUGUGUGUCUUUACAACGAGGAAG